UGCAUUCUCCUGAUAUAUACUGAACGGGCCGCGCGGUUCGGCAGAUCAGUCAGCGCGAAGCCUCGCUUUUCGAGGGCCGUGUCGUGUGGUAGCGUCAACCGGGUACGGUCAAGUUCCUAGAUAAAACAGACGACCGGGCAGAUAGAGCAAGCGAGGAGAAAUAUAAAAUAAAGAAAAAAGGAACGAGCAUAUAUAUAUAUAUAUACAUAUAUACAUUGAACGGCUCGCCCGAACGGGAGGACAGGAACAGCGACACAGAGCUGGAGGGAGAGAGAAACGAAGACGGAAGAGCUCAUAGGGGGACAUUCGCCACUCGCCACGGUUCCUCCGGUUCAGUCACACUGCGUCAGUCGGCCGAGCGACUUCGCGCGGCCCUUCUUCCUUACCAACGGUUGUCGGUUCUCUCUCGGCUUUCCUUUUCCCCUGAUUUUCUCCCUUGAACCACCGUCAGGCCGCGGUGUACACGUCGAUCUCGUCUCCCGUCGUCUUCCACCGGUACUUUUCUUUUUUCUCUUGCUUCCUCUAUCGAUUCCGAUAUCGUUCCCGUGAAAGAGAGAAGGGAAACGGUUAACGAUCUCCGAGGGAGGCCGACCGACCGAAAGGGCGCACGUGAACCGGGUACCGGGACCGACUGAGAAAGCAACCACGAGUGAAGCCUUCGCGCCAGCCAUGAACGGGAUCACGAAGAUCAAGGAAAAGAGCUUCUACGACGGCGACAAUGACCGCGCGAUUAUGAUCAAAAAGCCCAGCCCGUUAAGGACCGUUUCUUGGACGGAGAACGUCGAGGAGAGCAACUUGGACGUGCCGGGGACGCCCAGGACACCACGCACAUCCACCACCCCAGGUCAUGAGAAAUGUACAUUCCAUCACGAUUUGGAGCUGGAUCACAGGCCGCCAACGCGGGAAGCUCUGAUUCCGGAAAUGUCACGAAGUUACAGGCUACUGUUGAGCUCUUUAGGCGAGGAUCCUGAUCGUCAGGGUCUUUUGAAAACCCCGGAACGUGCUGCGAAAGCUAUGCUUUUCUUCACAAAGGGCUACGACCAAAGUCUGGAAGAUGUCAUAAACGACGCAGUGUUCGACGAGGACCACGACGAGAUGGUUGUCGUGAAGGACAUCGAAAUGUUCUCCAUGUGCGAACACCAUCUGGUCCCGUUCUAUGGAAAAGUCUCGAUCGGAUACCUGCCCUGCAAGAAGAUCCUUGGGCUCAGCAAAUUAGCCAGAAUUGUGGAGAUCUUCAGUCGGCGUCUACAGGUUCAAGAACGGCUCACCAAGCAGAUUGCCGUAGCAGUGACUAAAGCUGUGCAACCGGCGGGGGUAGCGGUUGUCGUCGAAGGAGUGCAUAUGUGCAUGGUGAUGAGGGGAGUGCAGAAGAUCAACAGCAAAACGGUCACGUCGACGAUGCUCGGCGUGUUCCGCGACGAUCCAAAGACUCGCGAGGAAUUCCUGAACCUGGUUCACAACAAGUAAACACGGGACCGCUUCCCAACAAUGUCGUUACCAUUGGCCGAGGGACCACGCAACCAAAAUGGCCCCGACACGAUUCUUGCCCCCUGAAUACGUUUCGCCCCGCUGCUACCUCAAAAAUGCGUCCAAAAAGCCAGUCAUUUCAGCGGCGUCGCUUACCUCGAUUAAUAUUGCUCUCGGUUCUUUCACGAGCAGAGACAUAACCGCGCCUACGUUAUUGGAGAAAAAAGGGAAGGGGAAAAAAGGAAAUCCGAUGACACUUCCGUUCGACGUCUCGCCGAUAGUCUUGAGGACUACGUUCAGGCACGAGCGGCGAACUUCGACGACGUUGUCCAAAGACAAAGUCCCCGAUGGGACGGUCUUAAACUGCUGACCGAAUGACACGAAGACAAUAUGGUAGUUAAUUUGCUUGCGGAAACUGCGCGGGUUCGACCGGAUCACGUCAACGCCGCUGGACGAGAAAGUUUGGGAAACGACGCGACGCUUCUCGUCCGGCGAGCGAGCGGCUCGAACUUGCAACAUCGUUUCGCGAAAUUCAGAGCCGACAACGCGCGGUACCCGAGGGAUAUCGCGUUUCUUUUGUUGUUGAAUAACGUUUACGCUUCUGCGGAUACUGGCUGUUUCGUAACGAAUGGAAACUCGUGUUAAUGACAAUCGAGACACGGCAAGUAAACUCGCGUUCUGCUUAGAAUUGUUCCUGGGCGAUAGCUGGUUUUAAAAUCUAGUAAUUCUUGAUGGCUAGUCUAUGGAUCUUUAUGCAAAUUUCCAUUUUUAUCAGUUGUUUUAGAAGAUUCAAAGUAACCGAGAAGUUUCUAACUGAAAGAUUAUUUAGGGUGAGAAUCGAAUGAAAAAAUUAUUUAUUUUUAUUGUAUUUUAUAAGCGUAUAAAGAUCCUCGAUUUGUUGAUGACCAAGUAAUAAUAUUUAGGCGAUCAGAAUGAUCAGCGGCAAAUUGUCGAAGAACCUCGAUACCCUUUCCAAGGAACAAGUCAUAAUUUUAUUAAACUGUUACACAACUGUUAUAUACUUAAAACAAUUUUCUUGUAAUAUACAUUAUUUAUCAUCAAUAUACUGUAUAUCACAGCAAUACAGACUCGCUUAGAACUCAGGAACAAGAUCAACCGUAGGACAAGAGCCAAAUACGUCUGUAUAAUUCCUUUCUUCGUUGUCUUUAACUUACGCUGCCACUCUUGAAACGAGUCUAACGUGUUAUGAAGCAGCCCGUAUAUUGGCAACGUUACUGGCGCUGCUGGACCAGCCGCAAUUACGACCGUGUCGAUUGUUGUACCUUGAGAAUAUUAUUUGUAACGUUGUCAAUGCGCACCGGGAGUGCACGGACACGUUUAACGCGUCGUUCCCUCGGGCAGCUGCGUUUUCGUCGACGAGACGAAGCAAUUAGGAAAUUCUCCGGUGAGCUUUCUCGACCGGCGCCGACCAAACGACCGCCGGAACACUUUCAACGGGCGACCGCUUUAAGACAAUACGUAUGGUAGAUUCUAUGUUACGGUUCCCCGACAGCAAAAGUGUUGGCCGUCGACGUAUCGGGCUGGCCGAGAAAUUGUGCGCGUAUCAACGCAAAGUGUGCUGCAAUGAAUUACGUGACCAAAGCGAACAAUUAAGAUAAUAUAGAUAUUAUAGAUGUUACGUAUUUAUUGUUAGACCACAGAUGUUUAUGCGAGUACAAACGUUUAAUGGACCAAUUUCUACGAAUUGGGGUUGUAUAGAAAUUUAUUUUAAUUAUUACAAUACUUACAAUAGUUACGUAAAAAAAGUAUUUUAAAUUUAAUUCGAAUCGUUCGUUUCUUUGCGUUAUAUACGUCUGCGAAUGGUGUAAAUGUAAAAUGAAUCCGCAGUCCGUUCGUUGUUCGCGAACGCGUCUUCUGCUUCUCGCUGCGCGAUCGGCUCUAUACUUUUUACGGUGGCGAAAGGAAAAGCGACUGAAGAUGAUUAAAAAAUAAUGUGACCAAUGCUGUGCAAUAUUUUCUGUAGUACAGUAAUAAUUCUUGUAUAGAGUCGAUAAUGGAUUUAUGAAUAAUACAAAAAAAAUAUGGACAGUGGAUUACGGAUUUUGGGAGAAAGAUCAUUGAAAGUUCGAAUAUUCCUUUCAGCGACGAACCAUCGUGAGAGAUCAAAGUUUCUUUUUGAUAUCGUGCACGCACAAUCAUCAGCUCUUUGGUCGCGUCGUUCAUCGUAGAACACCCUGUAAUUGUGGAAGCGGAUUUUUAUUCUGAAUAAGCGAUUUCGUUGCCGUUUCUCGCGUGUAAAACGUCCCAGCCAUACGUUCUACAACGCGAGGCCACUGCGAAGCUUGCAUUGAAGCUCUACAUUCCAUUACUUUUAUCUGUUGUCGCUCUUAUCAUUCGUUCGAAUGAUUCGAACGGAGGAUACUUUGUGUUCUCGAUAUGUUAGAUUGAGCGCGCGAGAAAUUUCGCGGUGAAAGUAGGUGUUCCGACGCGCGAUGUUCCCAGCCAUACGUCGUGCGUCAUAAAGCAUUGAACUGUUGAAAAGAGAAAAAAAACAGAAAGAAUUAUUUAUCCUUCUCGUACAAUUUGAAGAAUAAUUUGCGUCAUCGUGUGAUUUACGUAAUCUCGUCGUAUCGACACGAUUGCCGUGGCUGUUCCAUUCCACUGAAUGAUAAAAGGCAAAUUACGAAAGAUUUAACCGCCUACCGUGGAGGCACAUCAUUUGUUUCUAGAAUUGUAUUUUUAUAGUAACACCGCGGAAAGUUAAUGUCGGUACUUAGAGACACUGAACGUAUCUUACUUUUAACCCUUUCGUGGCCCAAUCGCGGAGUACUUAUUUUCCUUUAUGCGACAAUACCGAAUACAAUUGUUCGUAGACUGUGGAGGUUUAUUCGAAUUCAACGUGCAAAGGUCGAUACAGAGACACGGAUUUACGUAAUUGUGUACAGUACAAAUUGCAUGAAAGUCUAAAAUCUAUUUAUUAAAUUUCCUUAAAAUUUUUGUCUUAAAAGUGUUUAUUUUAUUGCGUUUCUCGAUGGUGCUGCACAAAGGUCUACAGUUCAAGUAAUUAUCAGAUCGUUACAUGUGAAGUGAUCGAGUUUGUCGAUACACGAAUGCGUUGGAUUCAUUUCAAUCAAGAAGAUUUGUUUGAAGUGCAAUAUAAAGUAUUACUAAAAAACACCGACCAAUAACCUGGACCACGAAGGGUUAAAAUUGUUUAUUACGCCGCCUAACGAAUGCGCCAAACAGUCUUUAGUUCAAUGCAAACCAAAUCGAGGAAGAUCGAUGAAUGCCAGACACGUUACAGAGGUUCUAGAAUAUUAUUACGACUAUUAUCGGAGGCGGAGUUGAAUUAUCGAAUUUAUUGCGUAUUCAUUGAACUUCUGAGAUCGCAUAAAUACGGUACAGUUCAAGGUAUCACGCAGAAGGUUCAGACAGCGUUAACGGUGACCUUUGGUGCAACCUACGAUUCUAUUUUCCGACAUUAAACAGUGAAACGAAAUCUUAAUGUUAUUUAUGAGAAUGAAUGUUUAAUAUUUAUAAUAUUUUUCUGACGAUGUUAUAUAAAGUUAUAUUUAUACUUUCAA